UGUCACAGUAGUUAUUACGAGGCUCGCGCGCCGUGGGCCCAGUCAGUCAGAUGAUGCUGCACCCGCUUGCCCUGUCCUCCAGCUCGCUCCUCCGCCUCAUCAAGUCGCUCUCGCCGGCGGCGCCGGGGGCGCUCCUGUCGGCCGCCGCCAUCCACUGCCUCCUCCUCAAGCCGGGCCUCCUCCACGCCGGGGCGCACCUCCCCACGGCCCUGCUCACGGCGUACGCCGCGCUCGGCCGCCCGGCGCACGCGCGGGCUCUGUUCGAUGAAAUGCCCGACCGAGGCCUCGUCGCGCGCACCGCCAUGGCGCGGGCCCACGCGGCGUCCGGGCAGCCGGCCCAGGCCCUCCGGGUGUUCCGGGGCAUGCUCGCGGACGGCCUCGCCCCGGACAACGUUGCCCUGGCCGUCGUGCUGGCCGCGUGCCACUCUCGCACGGUGGCCGCGGGAAGGAUGGUCCAUGCUUUCGUCGUCGUCAGCGGCAUCGAGCCGGACAUGUUCGUCUCCACCCAGCUUGUCAGGGUCUACGGGGAGCGCGGGGAGCUUGCGGUCUCAAGGAGGGUGUUCGACGACAUGCCGGCGAAGAGUGCCGUUGCCUGGAACGCCAUGGUGCAUCAGUAUGUCAGGAAUAGACAUGCGGAGGCUGCGUACCAGCUCUUCCUUGCAAUGCCGAGGAGGGAUGUGGUGUCGUGGAACACGGUGAUAGCAGGGUAUUGCCUGGUCGGCCGGUGCAGGGAGGCGUUAGGCUUGUUCCGCCAGAUGGUGUCUCCGUCCUCAUGCCCGGUGCACCCGAAUGGGCCUACAAUGUCCACUGUCCUUGGUGCUUGCGCAGCUGCAGGGUGUUUGGAGACUGGGAUUUGGGUCCAUGCGUAUAUUGACAAGAAUCGGAUGAAUGACAGUGGCACACUGGAUAGAUGCUUGAUAGACAUGUACGCCAAAUGUGGAAGCAUUGACACGGCCUUGCAGGUGUUUGAGAAGGCACCUGGGAAGAGGGACCUCUACUCAUGGACAACAGUGAUUUGUGGACUGGCGAUGCAUGGUCGGGCCGCUGAUGCCUUGCGGAUGUUUCACAUGAUGCAAGAUGGUGGUAUGCGCCCUGAUGAUGUUACUCUCGUCGGGGUCCUAAAUGCGUGUGCACAUGGAGGGCUAGUAGACCAAGGCCUUGACUACUUCUACUCCAUGCAGGAGAAAUAUGGAAUCACACCCAAGAUUGAACACUAUGGCUGCAUGGUCGAUCUUCUCGGCCGCGUCGGGCGACUGCCAGAGGCAUACAGGAUGAUUAAAACAAUGCCAAUGAAACCUAACAUGGUGAUAUGGGGAGCUUUCCUGAGCGCAUGCAAAGUCCAUGGCAGCUUGGAGCUUGGCGAGAUUGCGGCGGCGGAAGUUACCAGGUUGGAUCCGGAUGACCCUUGGGCAAGGGUGAUGAUGUCCAGCAUGUAUGCAAAAGCCCAGAACUGGAGCGGCCUCGCCAGGGAGAGGAGGGAAAUGAACAGCCUGCAGAUGAAGAAGACUCCAGGGUGCAGCUCGGUCGAGCUUGACGGUGAGGUGCAUGAGUUUGUGGCUGGUGGCAGCCAGCAUCCUCUGCAUGCUGAGAUCUGUACUGUGCUGGAGUUUGUCGAGGCGCAGUCACAUACAGGUUGAGGCACGCAAAGCCCUUGUGCUGGGGUUUUCUUGCACGCGAGCUAAGGGUGAAGAUUAUUGAGCCUUUGCCUUUCAGUAGGUGCUGUGCUGUGCUCCUUCCUAUAUUUCUUGAUGGAGGGAGUAAUAAUCAUGAAGCUUGCAAGGAUGACAGGGAACCACCCUGUCUGACCAUGUGGGUCACAUGAAAAACAGAAAUAUUUCCUUCAUAGGGUGGUAUAUAGAGCACCCUGAUUGGUGAUUGGUGAUUGCUGAUGACUCAAGAUGACUGGAGAAAGACAGU